AUGAACACCCAGGUCAGUCUGUACGACGAAGAGCUGAGGAUCGUCUCCAUCUCGUGGGACGUGUAUCCACUGCUGUCGUCAGCCGUGACUCAGCUGAUCCUCAAGACCCACAAAUCAAAGUCUCCAUCUCCACUGGUGCCUUCUUCAUCUGCCCACCAUCACAUGAACCUGGAAGACUCUGUGUCGUCCACAGCGUCGUCCCAGUGCCAUUCCCGCCACUCGUCCGUGUCCAUGUCGUCGCUAGAGAGCACAGAGCCGUUUCUGAACGUGUCUUUCACCCCAGUCGAAUGCUCUCUCAUCAUUGCUGAUUCGAUAAUGGAAGAACUGCUCACACCCUUGCUCAACAUGCUGGACACAAAGACAAGGGACGAGGUAAGAGUUUCACGUGAAAUGUACGUGGCCAUCCAGGUUGACGGAGACGGACUCGACAACGGAGGAAGGGUGGUGGAUCUGACUGCCCCCUUGUCUAAGGCAGGUAUCCCCAUCUUCUUCCUCACCACAUAUUUCUCCGACUUUGUCAUGGUGCCGCUGUCGGCACGGUCACGGGUGGUUCAGGCGCUUGAAGAGCGUGGUUUCUUCUUCAACAACAUGAACAACUCAUAUGUGUCCAUCACAAACCUCAACCACAGCAAGUUGACCAGUGCGCUCAUGCCUCUGGCCGAGCCGCACACCGAGGCCGACCGAACUAUCACAGAGGCAUCACUUUCAAUGGCUUCGUCGUCGCUGUUUGCCUCCCUUAAGGUCUCGCCUCAAUUCUACGACCAUACAAAGGUAGUUCUCGUGGGAGCCCGACACAAGCGAGUGGAAGACAAUGAGCUGCUGUUCUUCAAAAUAUCCAAAAUGCUGCUCAACCCUCCAAAGUUCUUCAGCAUCUCUGUGGGACCAGACGGAGAAAUGUCUUUACUACUUGAAAGCAAAGACACGGGCUCAUUUUCGCCCAUGGACGUGGUGGGAUCCAUGGACGAAUACAUGAUUCCCACCUGUUUCGAUCUGUCCCAUCUGCCCGAAGACGCCACCGGUAUUGUGGCUGGUGUGGCCUCUUGUCUGGUAGAUGAGCCGAUCCAGAUGGGCUAUCUCAGUACUGCUCAAAGUGGUAUUGUCAUGGUAGCCGAGGAGGACUUGGCGUAUGCCAAACGAGUUCUGGGCGGUCGCAGUGGAUCUGCCAGUCCCGCUUAA